AUGAAGAAGGUCUCAUCUCAACUUCAAAUCCAGGCCCCAACUUAUGGAAAGCUAAUCACCAUUCGCAGCAUUGAUGGAGGCGGUAUAAGAGGCAUCAUUCCUGGCACUGUCCUUGCUUACCUUGAGUCCCAACUUCAGGACUUGGAUGAUAAGGAUGCCAUGUUAACAGCUCCAAAUGAAAACAAUCGUCCUUUAUUUGCCGCCAAAGACAUUAAGCCUUUUUAUCUUGAACAUAGCCCUAAGAUUUUCCCACAGAAAAGGGGCAUGUUUACAUCACUUAGAAACACGUUGAAUUUAUUAGCUGGACCCAAGUACGAUGGCAAGUAUCUUCACAAAGUUGUGGAAGAAUCCCCCUUAUUGGAUGCUCGAUUAUCUGAUAAUACGUCCGCAGCCCCAACUUAUCUUCCUGCCCACCAUUUUAGUGGCCAAGAUAAAGAAGGGAACAGUUGGGAAUUCAAUCUUAUUGAUGGUGAUGUUGCAGCAAAUAAUCCGGCUUUAGUUGUCAUAUCCCAGAUAACCAAAAAGGUCUUUAGUGGAAGUCCAGAUUUCUUCCCGAUUAAGCCCAUGGACUAUGGACGCUUUCUAGUGAUCUUAGUAGGCACUGGCUCUGCAAAGGUGGAACAGAAAUACAGUGCGAAAAUGGCAGCCAAAUGGGGUGUUUUUAGUUGGUUACUUCACGGCGGCUCCAGUCCGUUGGUGGAUGUUUUCACUCAAGCAAGUGCUGAUAUGGUUGAUUUCCAUAUUUCUGUGGUUUUUCGAGCUCUUCAUUCCGAAGAAAACUACCUUCGAAUUCAAGAGGACUCCUUAAUUGGUACAGACUCCUCCGUUGAUGUUGCUACAGAGGAGAACUUGAACAGACUUGUGGAGAUUGGAGAGACGUUGUUGAAGAAACCAGUUUCGAGGGUAAACUUGGAAACUGGUCGGUCUGGAGACAACCAAUCAAUUUUUUUUGUCAUUCGAUUUGGUUUGGAUGCCAAAAAAUGGAGAGAAAGUGGACGAUGGAUGGUAUUGAAGGGUUAA